AUGGCAUCACCAGUUAAUAUCAUUGUUGGUUCUCAUGUAUGGGUUGAGGAUCCAGUCUUGGCUUGGGUUGAUGGACAAGUAAACCGGAUAGAUGGCCAAGAUGUUCAUGUCCAAACCACAAAUGGGAAAAAGGUCGUUGCAAACAUCGCAAAAGUGUUUCCAAAGGACACUGAAGCACCACCUGGAGGUGUAGAUGACAUGACUAAGCUUUCAUAUUUGCAUGAACCUGGAGUUCUGCAAAACCUGGCUACUAGAUAUGAACUGAAUGAAAUAUAUACAUAUACUGGGAAUAUUCUGAUCGCAAUAAAUCCUUUCCAAAGACUACCACAUCUAUAUGAUACUCACAUGAUGGAGCAAUACAAAGGGGCAUCCCUUGGCGAGCUUAGUCCUCAUGUUUUUGCGAUUGCGGAUGUUGCUUACAGGGCAAUGAUCAAUGAAGGAAAGAGCAACUCCAUUUUAGUUAGCGGUGAAAGUGGUGCUGGUAAAACUGAAACGACUAAAAUGCUGAUGAGAUAUCUUGCACACUUGGGUGGUCGUUCUGGAGUAGAAGGACGGACAGUUGAACAACAAGUUUUAGAAUCAAACCCAGUGCUUGAAGCAUUUGGAAAUGCCAAAACUGUCAGGAACAACAAUUCCAGGCAAUUAGCUAUAACAUACCGAAAUGAUGUACAUGGUGUUGCUUUUUGCAGCCGUUUUGGUAAAUUCGUUGAAAUCCAAUUCGACAAAAGUGGUAGAAUAUCUGGAGCAGCUGUUAGAACUUACUUGUUGGAGAGAUCUCGUGUUUGUCAAAUCUCUGAUCCUGAAAGAAACUAUCAUUGCUUCUAUCUUCUCUGUGCCGCACCACCGGAGGAAAGAGAGAAGUAUAAGCUGGGAAACCCAGAAUCAUAUCACUAUCUUAACCAGUCUAAGUGUUAUAAACUCGAGGGAGUAAGUGAUACUGAGGAAUACCUUGCAACCAGAAGAGCUAUGGAUAUAGUUGGGAUCAGUGAGGAAGAUCAGGAUGCUAUAUUCCGGGUUGUUGCAUCAAUCCUUCAUCUUGGUAAUAUUGAAUUUUCCAAAGGAAAGGAAAUUGAUUCUUCUGUGAUUAAGGAUGAGAAGUCAAGGUUUCAUCUCAAUACAACUGCCGAAUUACUCAAGUGUGAUCCGAGGAGCUUAGAAGAUGCACUGAUUAAGCGAGUGAUGGUGACACCUGAGGAAGUUAUCACAAGAACUCUUGAUCCAGAGGCUGCGUUGGGAAGCAGGGAUGCUUUGGCAAAGACAAUAUAUUCUCGUUUGUUCGAUUGGAUUGUGGAAAAGAUAAAUAACUCCAUUGGGCAAGACCCCAACUCAAAAGCAAUUAUAGGAGUACUUGACAUAUACGGGUUUGAAAGUUUUAAGCACAACAGCUUUGAGCAGUUCUGUAUCAAUUUCACCAAUGAAAAAUUGCAGCAGCAUUUCAACCAGCAUGUAUUCAAGAUGGAACAAGAAGACUAUGAGAAAGAACAGAUAAACUGGAGCUACAUUGAGUUUGUUGAUAACCAAGAUGUUCUUGAUUUAAUUGAGAAGAAACCAGGAGGAAUAAUUGCACUGCUCGAUGAAGCUUGUAUGUUUCCUAAAUCUACUCAUGAAACAUUUGCUCAGAAGUUAUAUCAGACAUUUGCCAAACAUAAACGCUUCAUCAAGCCGAAACUCUCACGAACCAAUUUUACCAUAGCUCACUAUGCAGGGGAGGUCACAUAUAUGGCAGAUCUGUUCCUGGAUAAGAACAAAGAUUAUGUGGUGGCCGAACAUCAAGACUUAUUAACAGCUUCAAAGUGCUCUUUUGUAGCUGGUUUAUUUCCUGCUCUUCCUGAAGAAUCAUCAAAGUCCUCCAAGUUUUCCUCGAUAGGGUCACGUUUUAAGCUACAACUACAAUCUUUAAUGGAGACGUUGAAUUCAACAGAACCUCAUUACAUCAGAUGUGUGAAACCAAACAAUGUUCUCAAGCCAGCCAUUUUUGAGAAUCUUAACAUAAUUCAGCAACUGCGAUGUGGUGGUGUUCUUGAAGCUAUUAGAAUCAGCUGUGCUGGAUACCCCACCAGACGUACAUUUGAUGAAUUCCUUCUCCGAUUUGGUGUUCUUGCUCCUGAAGUUUUGGACGGGAACAUCGAUGACAAGGCUGCGUGCCUGGUGAUUUUGGAUAAGAUGGGAUUAAAGGGCUACCAGUUAGGUAAGACAAAGGUCUUUCUACGAGCUGGUCAGAUGGCUGAGCUAGAUGCUAGGAGAGCUGAGGUUCUUGGAAAUGCAGCCAGAACAAUUCAAAGGCAGAUUCGUACUUAUAUUGCACGGAAAGAUUUUGUUGUUUUGCGCCGAGCUUCUAUUCAGUUGCAAUCAUGUUGGCGAGCUAUAUCGGCUCGCAAUCUUUAUGAGCAAUUGCGACAAGAAGCUGCUGCAAUUAAGAUUCAGAAGAACUUCAGAUGCUACAUUUCCAGGGCAUCCUACUCAACGUUGCAGAAUUCUGCUAUCAUAGUGCAGACUGGCAUGAGGGCAAUGACUGCUCGCAAUGAAUUCAGAUUCAGGAAACAGACUAAGGCUGCUAUCAAAAUUCAGGCCCAAACGCGUUGUCACAGAGAAUAUUCUUAUUAUAGAAGCCUUCAAAAGGCUACAAUUGUUACCCAAUGUGGUUGGAGGCGACGUGUCGCUAGGAGAGAGCUUCGAAAUCUGAAAAUGGCUGCAAGGGAAACGGGGGCCCUAAAAGAAGCCAAGGACAAGCUAGAAAAGAAAGUAGAAGAGCUUACAUGGCGCUUGCAGUUUGAGAAACGAUUGAGGACUGAGCUGGAGGAAACAAAAGCACAAGAUAUUGCUAAGUUACAGGAGGCAUUGCAGUCAAUGCAAAUACAAGUGGAAGAAGCCAAUGCUAGAGUGAUAAAAGAACGAGAAGCGGCACGGAAAGCAAUUGAAGAAGCUCCUCCAGUCAUUAAAGAAACCCCAAUCAUGGUCCAAGAUACGUCAAAGAUUGAUACAUUAACAGCUGAAGUUGAAAGUUUGAAGUCUUUGCUGCUGUCAGAAAAGCAGGCUGCAGAAGAAGCUAAAAAUGCUGCUGCAGAUGCUGAGGCCAGAAAUAUGGAUUUGGUUAAAAAACUGGAGCAAGCUGAGGGAAAAUUGGAUCAGCUUCAAGAUUCUGCACAAAGGCUUGAAGAGAAGCUGUCAAACCUUGAGUCAGAGAAUCAAGUACUUCGUCAACAAGCUCUAACUAUGUCACCUACAGGCAGAUCUAUGUCUGCCCGGCCUAGGACAACUAUUAUUCAGGUAAUGCUUAUAUACUUUGACUCUGCCCUUGUUGUGGCAAAUCCAAAGGAGCCUGAGUCUGAGGAAAAGCCACAGAAAUCUCUUAAUGACAAGCAGCAAGAAAACCAGGACAUCUUGAUUAAGUGCAUUUCACAAGAUUUGGGAUUUUCGAGUGGCAAACCAGUUGCCGCUUGUGUCAUUUAUAAAAGCCUUCUCCACUGGAGGUCAUUCGAGGUUGAGAGGACUGGUGUGUUUGACCGCAUAAUUCAAACUAUAGCUUCAGCAGUAGAGGCCCCUGAUAAUAAUGAUGUAUUGGCCUACUGGUUAUGUAAUGCAUCCACAUUGUUGAUGCUGCUUCAACACACACUCAAAGCAACUGGGGCAGCUAGCUUGACCCCCCAAAGACGAAGGACAUCAUCAGCUUCUCUUUUUGGGCGGAUGUCACAGGGUUUGAGAGCUUCUCCACAGAGUUCACUUCUGAACAGCCGGCUGCUUGGUAGACUUGAUGACUUGAGACAGGUCGAAGCCAAGUAUCCUGCGUUGUUAUUCAAGCAACAGCUUACUGCUUUCCUGGAGAAGAUAUAUGGAUUGAUCAGGGAUAACUUGAAGAAAGAGAUCUCUCCUCUGCUUGGUUUAUGUAUCCAGGCCCCCAGAACAUCCCGUGCUAGCUUAGUGAAAGGACGUUCACAAGCAAAUGCUGUUGCGCAACAAGCACUAAUUGCCCAUUGGCAGAGCAUUGUCAAAAGCCUGGACAAUUGCUUGAAGAUUAUGAAAGCAAAUUAUGUUCCUGCUUUCUUGGUCCGGAAGGUUUUCACUCAAACAUUCUCAUUUAUCAAUGUUCAAUUAUUCAACAGUCUUCUUUUACGGCGCGAGUGUUGCUCAUUCAGCAACGGGGAGUAUGUGAAAGCUGGGUUAGCCGAGUUAGAACAAUGGUGUUGUUACGCCACUGAGGAAUACGUAGGCUCGGCUUGGGAUGAAUUGAAGCACAUCAGGCAGGCAGUAGGAUUUUUGGUCAUACAUCAAAAGCCCAAGAAGACCUUGAAUGAAAUUACAAAGGAACUUUGUCCUGUGCUAAGCAUCCAGCAGUUGUACAGGAUUAGCACCAUGUACUGGGAUGACAAAUAUGGCACUCACAGUGUUUCUUCAGAUGUCAUCUCAAGUAUGAGAGUUAUGAUGACAGAGGACUCGAACAAUUCAAUAAGCAGUUCGUUUCUAUUAGACGACGACUCAAGCAUUCCUUUCUCUGUUGAUGAUCUCUCCAAAUCCAUGCAACAAAUAGAUGUAGCUGAUGUCGAGCCUCCCCCUUUAAUCCGAGAGAACUCAGGGUUUGUGUUCUUACAUCAAAGAUCAGAUAAAUGA